AUGACAGAAUGCUGCGGCCACGAACAGGAGCGCCUCGCUGGCGAAGUGGCAAAGAUCCACGAUGCGGCGAGCGAGGCGGCAGGAAACCUCACACAGGUGCGCGAGCUUCAGCAAGAGCAGCGCCGAGCCCAGGAGGAGAUCCGGCGAGACCUUGCGGAGGAGCAGCGGCAGAGGAAGGAGGCUGAGGGCCGCCUCGGCGCUGAGCUGGAGGAGGAGGCCCGGCGCGACCUCGAGGAGCAGCGCCUCCGCCAGGAGGCGCUGAGCCUCCUGGGGGCGCAGGUGGAGGACCAGCUGGCUGCCAUGGCCGAGCGCCACCAGACCUUGGGGACUUUUUUGGGAGUAGUGAGGGGCAACUUGGGUGCAAUUGGACCAUAG